AUGCAAGAAGAGACAGUGGAGAUGUAUCUCGAGAAUGAACCAAAGCUUAUGCCAGUCGGUACACCGCUGCAAAAUUAUGUUGAUAGACUACAAUCAGCAGGCAAUCAUUCCACGGGUGCGAAUGUCGAAGAUUUGAUGAAAGAAAUCGAAUUGCUUGAAAACUAUUAUCCAUUGAAUGAUAACUCACAAUGCUUCAGUCGAAAAAUCUCCCCUUUAAUAGACUUCCUUACCAUGUGCGGACCGGCUGUUGAUAUGAUGAUUCAAUGUUAUCCUCCUCCGUCUGCUUUAGUGUGGAGUGCAACGAAAGAUUUAUUAGAGAUUGGACGCACCUCGAUUCGUUACUAUCAAUUGGUUUCGAGGAUCAUAUUGAAAAUAACCGAUAUCGUGGAUAUCUCUGUUCAAUAUGAAGUCAUUUUUGGGAGCGAGCCCCGAGUAUCCAGUGCUCUUGCGGAUGUGUAUUUCGAGAUCCUUGUUUUCUUAAGAACUGUUCGCUCAGCUUUAUCCAAAGAGAUUAAGCUUGAACGCACAGUUCUAAAAUCUCUCGACGCGGAGUUCACUAACCACGUUCAACGGCUUUUCAGAGCCACCCAAAUAUUAUCCCAGGAAGCCACGCUUGCAUAUGAACAGUAUACGGAAUUUUACGCCGUCAAGCAACCCCUGAUGAGCGAAAAUGGCGUCGUGGAAAUCUCGUUUCCUCUAGAGAACCAGGAUGCAGAUAUUAGAGCACAAGUAAUGACUUGGUUAUAUCCAGGCGAAUACUACGAGAGUUUACAUCAAGCUUGCGCUAAAAGAUCGGCAAAUACGGGUCAAUGGCUACUCACUGAUACAAGCUUUCAAAAUUGGCUUAAUGGACUAUCAGGCCCGAUACUAUGGUGCUAUGGUUCUCCAGGAUGCGGGAAAACGAUUCUCAGUGCCACUAUAAUCCAGUAUUUACAAGAUUAUUAUGCGUCUACUCCCACGGUAUACUUUCAUUGUAGUUCAACGGACAGAUUAAAGCAAUCUCAGGAAUCCAUAUAUAUCAGCCUUCUAGGUCAAAUUACAGCACAAGCAAACGUUAUUCCACAAGCACUGAUAUCUGCAUAUCUCUUUGCCGAAAGAUAUGGACGAUGCCGCAUCUCCUUUGCCGACAGGAUUCCGGAAUUGCUUACAGAAGUCCUUCAUGAGCUACCAGCACUGAACAUUAUCAUAGAUGGAGUUGACGAAUGUGAAUCCGAAGACAUGUCAGGUAUGUUGCGCUUAUUGAACAGCAUUUCUAGAGAUCGCAACUCUGUUCGUCUAUUAUUCUUUUCACGGGACAUCUUACCAGUACGAAAGGAAUUGGGGUCGUUGCCUUUUAUCCACAUCAAUGCGAAUUCUGUACAGUCAGACAUCGACCAGUAUUUGAGAGAGGCCAUUGAAACCCUUCCUUGUACGGAAUCUCACUUGAAACAGUAUGUCUAUAAUGUAUUAUCCCAGAAAGCUGCGGGCAUGUUUUUGUUCGCUCGACUAGGAAUGGAAACACUGCAAGCAACAUUCAGUACCCAGGAUAUGCUAGCUUCGUUGGAUAGGCUUCCAACAGGGCUCUACAAUGUAUACGGGCAAAUUCUGGAACGUUUGGCAUCAAAACCAAUUAUGCACCAAUCCUUAGCACGUCGAAUAUUCAAUUGGGUAUGUAGAACUUCAAGACCUCUCAAUUGGCUUGAAUUACAGUGUGCAUUAUCUUGGGACGAGGAGAGGAUGAUAUUCGAUGGGAACAUUGCACCUUCUAAGGACUCGGUACUGGAAGCUUGUUGUCCUUUGGUUGAGUACAGAACUGAAUCCGACACAUUUCAUCUUGGCCAUUUAUCAGUCUAUGAAUAUCUUCAUGACCAAUCAAACUUUAUCCUACUAUCACCUCAGGCAACUGGGUUUCUUCUUGAAGAGAAAUACUCGCACUUUGGACUAGCACAAGCAACAUUGACGUACCUAAGCAAAUCGGGGAUUGCCGAGUCGAUCAAUCUCAAUUCACAGCAAUAUCCCUUGGCAAAAUAUGCCACCGAAAACUGGUGCUACCAUCUAUCUCUCUCUGUAUACGAUUCGAAGCUGCAUCGACAAUAUGAAAAGUUCGUUGCAUCCGAAACAAGACGAUCGGCUUGGAUCACUAGAUCGUUACUAUCAGAGGACUUACCCUUUCCCAUGCAUCGAAUAGCAAAACUCCAAAGACUAGUCCAAACUUGGACGAAUCAAUCUGGUACCCUUGGAAAGCAAAGUGCAGAGGAUUUGAUGGAUAUUCAAAAAGCUCUGUUUAGACUGGACGAUUUCAUACAAUCACAACGUCGAGGAGGACCGGGUAAUAUCAACAUCAUCUCCAACUUCGAAAGAUCAAUGAUCAUCCGAGAUUUGGCGAGACUGUAUACAAUGAGUGGGCAAAUAGAUAUGGGAGUUCGGGUGUUUGAAGAGGAAAUCACAAAAACUGGAGGUACCAGUUCUGGAAAAGCGUCAAAGACAUGGCUAUUGAACAGUCUUGGGAUUCUCUACGAUCAGCAAGGACGCUUUCGCCUCGCGGAAGCUAUCCAGCGUCAAGCUCUAGCCGUCCAACUUCGAUUUCUUCCCCACGACCACCUCGACAUAAUAAUCACCAUCAACGAACUCGGCCGCGUGUGUCGCCACCUUCAAAAGCAUUCCGAAGCCGAAUCUCUGCACCUCCGCGCCCUCCGCACUCUUGAACCCCUCUUCCCCCUAACAGACCACCACAUCAUCUGGACCCAAAACGCCCUCGCCCGCUGCUACCGCUCUCCGCACCGUACCCCCUGUCUCCCCAACGAAGCGCUCGCCCUGCACACCCGCGCCUACAACUCCAUGGUGCGUACCCUCGGUCCGCUGCACCCCCACGCCAUCUGGACCCUCUCCGACACGGCGCGCUGUCUCGCGCAGCUAGGCCGAAUCGACGAGGCGUUUGAGACGCGUCAGAGAGUGCUCGAUCAGAGAAUCCAGGUCCAUGGGAGAAUGCACGCGGAUACCCUGUGGGCGAUGAAUUCGCUCGCGCUGUGCUACGAAGCGAGAGGAGAGCUGGCGGAGGCGGUGACUUGGCAUACUCAGGCGUAUGAGGGACAGGUCAAACUUUUGGGCGAUCAGCAUGCCCAUGCGAAAUGGAGCUUGCAGGCUUUGGUUCGCACGGGGUUCUUGUGUUAG